AUGAUGGGAACCGUUUACAGAGGUGUUGGCCAGAAAAUGUCGAAAGCUCAGGAAUUACAUGAACUUGCUCUCAAUGUUUCACAGAAGUAUGUCUCUUCACCAAUGAUUGCUGUCUCUUUGCAUUUACUGGGAGUUGUCCACAGAUACAGAAAACAACUUGACAUAGCUCAGCAAUACCACGAACAAGCUGUAGACCUUGCAAAACAAAUUUACUCGAAUAAACAUCCACGCCUAGGGGCCUUUCUUUUAAAUCUUGCUGUGGUAUAUAAUAGGCAGGGUGACUUAAACAAAGCUAAGGUGACAUAUCAGGAGGCAUUGCAUAUUACAAAAGAAGCUUAUGGUGCUCACGACCAAAGAGUAGCAAGAGUUUUAAAUACUUUAGCGACAAAUUACUAUUCCCUUGGACAGUAUAAUGAGAGUAUUCAUGCACUUUUAGAAGCUUUAAGCAUCCACGAAGAAAUCCACGGUGAUAUCCAUCCAAAUGUUGGCGAAACAUUAUAUUUCCUAGGUUUUACGUACCGUGCAAAAGGAGAUCGGCAACAAUCCCUGGAAACAUUAGAGCGAUCCCUUAAAAUACGAGAACAAUAUUAUGGGCCAGCACAUUAUCACGUUGGUGAAGUUUUGCACGAUCUGUCCAAUACACAAAGAGAAAUGCAUCAUUUAAAAGACGCAUUAUCGAACGGUGAGAGAUGUCUCGAGAUUUUCCAAAGAUCCCUCGGAGAAAAGAGUUCAGAGGUAGGAAAUACAUUAAAUGGGAUAGGUCUGAUAUACAGUGAGCUUGGAGACCUACAAAUGGCUGAAAUUAAACACGAGAAAGCCUUAGAAAUAUUUGAGGAGUUAAGCAAUCAGGGAUCUCAAGCUGUAGGUAUCAGUGAAACAUUAAAACAUUUAGGCAUUGUGUUCAGAAAGCUUGAAGAUACAAAAAAAGCACAGGAUUAUAUCAGGCACGCUUUGUCAGUUCUUCGGACUGUUUAUAAAGAGAAUCACCCACGAAUUGAAGAAUUGCAUAAACUGUUAGAUGAUAUUGUUUGA